AUAUUUGCCCUCCCCGCUCCCGCUCAAUGAAGACUCACAGACACCACACAUCUUGACCAAUCACGCUUUAACAGAAAAAAAAAUCGGCUCACAAUCAGGAGCCGGUUCUUAGAGCCGGAUCGUUCGCGACCGACCCAUCACUAAUAUCUGGUAACAAUUUGCGUGCUUUCGGUUUUGCAGCCUAGGAGGAAACUGAAGAGCCAAAAAUACCUGUUUCAUACUAUCAUAGAAGAGGAACUGUCCUUUCUCAGCGUUGGCUUAUCUUUAACACUUGGAUUUUUAUCCACGGACUGUCCUUCUUGGGACAAUUUGAUCAGCUGGUUCAUUCUUUUCUUUUUGUUAACUCCCUGAAGCCCAACGGUUUGAAGCCAUGUCCCAGAAGCUCACGUCUGAUGGUGCUCAGAAAGGCUUUGCUGUAGGCCGUGGGCUCUUGGCUGCCGCCGAAACUUUAAAUUAUAGCAUGGGUGAAUCUCACUCUGAUUCCUACGGCUCUUCCUCCCAACAACUUGGUGGAAUGGUGGGCUUGGGCGGAGGGGACGGACAAGAUCAUGACUCUCAGCUGCCCCGCCGUGUGGGCAGCCAUCUUAGCAAUACUAUGAAGCUGUUUGCUAGCCUUGGUCUCUCACCCACUGACCUGGAUGUGCUGGCACAAGUCCCGGAAGAAAACAUCAGCGUGGAGACACUGCCCCAUCUUAUCAUGCAACUUAAAAAUCGUAAGGUGGAGGCUAGUCGGCAUCUGACUGGUGACCUGCCAUCGCUCUCCCCAGACACCUCAUACAGAGGAGGCCGUGAUGACUGGGGAGACAUGCAGGGAGGACGACUGGACCGUUCUGUGGGGCAGAGUCAGAGCCGCACUUCCCAGAGCAGUUUUGGCUACGGUUCCAUGCAAGACGUCUCUACACGUGGGUACGAUAUGCUAGAUUAUGGCAGCGGCAGCAGCAGCAGUAGAGACCGCCAGUAUUCUGAGCUUUCCACCGACCAUUAUCGUGGCCUUGGCAUGGGCUCAUCUUCAACAUCUGAUGACCUCUUUAUGCAGCGAAGGAUGGGAGCCCCUUCUCAGGGAAAAAUACAGGAUUUCUUGGGAGUCAUGCCACAAAUGUUUCCUCAUGUGUGCUCCCUUUGUGACUUUGAUGUACAUUCUGCCAUGGAAUGGACUCAACACACAACUGGAAUGCGGCAUGCCGAAAACAGGAGAGUCCUCCUGCAAUUGUAUCCAGAUUGGGAUCCUCAUAUGCCCUCUGGACGAAUGUCAGGGUCCAUGUCCCUGGACACAAAGGGGCGAUCAGAAGGACUACUCGGGGCUGCUCCAUCUGGUGGUAUGAGGCAGAGAACAGGGAUGAGUUCAAAUUGGGGAGCUGAUUCUGGCAUGGGUAUGACAAGCAAAAUGCAGUCAUAUUCUAUGACACCAAAGGUAAGAAGCAGGGUAGUAGUAGUAAAAUAUGAGCGGAAGCCAGUGUUAUCCAACCUGUUUGCUCUGGCCAGACCAUUUGGCACCAUCCGUGAACACCUUGUACUCAAGAACAAGGCCUUUCUGGAGCUGCAGACUCAUGAGGAGGCUUUGGCAAUGUCUAAUUAUUAUCAAAAGAAGCCUGCCACUUUGCAUGGGAAGGAUGUACAGAUUUACAUAUCCAAGGAACUGCUGGUAAUUGAGAAAAGUGACAGACCAGACAGAGACAGUAGAAAUGUAAAGGGGGGAACCAGCCCAGUGGUGUUCUUUUCCAAUUUGCCAAGAGAGACUGAGAAGAAAAUGGAGUUGCUUACGAUAUCACGUCGAUUUGGCACAGUUGAAAAACAUCUUUUCUUGAAUGAUGAGGCAUUUGUGCAAAUGAGCAAUGCAGAGGAUGCAGAGAUGUUGGUGAAGUACUAUACCCUCAAUCCAUUGACGAUUGGGCGUAGGUCCAUCCGUCUAAACAUCUGCACCAAGUACAAGACUUUGACGGUUCCACCUGGCAAGGGAGACCAACCAAGACAUGAUAGAGAUGAAUCCAGCCGGAAGAGCAGCAGCAGCAGCAGUAGCAGAACAGGUUCCAAAACCUCAUCCAAGUCUCCAAGGACCACAAGCUCCAAAUCCAAAGAGCGCUCAUCUGAAAAGACAGAAGAGCCAAAACCUGAGAAGGAGGACAAAGAAGUCCUUCCAGAAGGAUCUGGUGAUGAAGGGGAAGGUGUUGUGGAGGCUCAUGAUGAAGAGGAGGAGGCCUUUGAUGAAGGUCCAGGUAUAGAGGAAACAAACUUUACAUCUGAGGCCGAGGAAGCAGGUGCAGAGCAGCCUGAUCCAGAAGUCCCACUGGAGUAUGAGGGUUCAGCAAUGGAGCCAGCAGAAGAUGACAUGCAUGAUGCUGAGGGCCCUGAGAUGCCUGAGGAGGCAGACUUGGAGCAGGAGGCUCAAUCAGAAGAGCCAGCUGAACCUGAGGCAGACCAAGAGAACACCACAGAGGACCUCAAAGAUACAGAGGGCCUGGAUGAUGUGGAACAAGCUGAGGGCGAUAACGAGAAUGAGGACUUUGGUGAACUGGAAGGACUUGAAGAAUCUGAUUUCCCUGAAAACAUGGAUGAGUUUGUGACUCUGGAUGAGCUCGCAGAGGAAGACGAGGCUGAAAGGCACGACUCAAAAUCUGGAGAUAAAAGCUCUUCAGGUAGAUCAAGGGAAAGUGGUGGCUUGAGAGUCGUCAAUGUGGUUGGAUUUAAACGUGGCUAUGGUUAUCUUGAUGAGAUCUUGUCUUUGGCCAAGCCCUUUGGUAAAGUGGUGCGACACCUGGUCCUGAAUGUGAGGCCUGAGGCCUUUCUGGAACUUUCCAGUGAGCAAGAAGCUAGAGCAAUGGUUCGUUUCUACAAUGGAAAUGUCAUGCCAUCUGUUUGUGGAAAAGCAGUGAAAAUUUAUCAUUCGCAGAUCUACCCAACCAUCCAGAACGGCAAAGUUGUUUACAUUGGACAUAUUCCACCUUUUAAAACAUCAGAUGCCUCCCUUCUGAAAAUUGCAGAGCCAUUUGGGAAAGUUAGACGUUACUUUUUGAACAGGGCACGCAAUGAGUGUUUCAUUGAGAUGGAGAGGGGUGAGGAUGCUGAGAGAUUUGUUGAGGUCUCCAAGGAUAAUCCACCAAAGUUUCAAGGCAAACGGCUAGUUGUCUACAUUAGCAGAAAGUACAAACAACUCAAACAUGGACACAGACCUCCAACCCCUGAGCCAGAAGACAAACGUCCAACCAAGAGGGAGCGCUCUGAAGAAGAGGUGGAAUCCCAAGAAAGCUCCCCAGUCAAACCUACCACCAAGAAGGAAGAGGAGCCACCGACCAAGAAGAUGAAAGAGGAGACAUCAAGCACGGAUAAAGCUGAGAGUGAACCAGUGGAGGAAAAGCAGGAGGACAAGGAAAGCAAGGCUGUCCCUAGUGAGAGCGUACCAGAAGUGAAGAAAGAGAACACAGAGGAAAACAGCACAGAUACAACUGAGGCUCAGGAGAUGGAGACCAAACCGCCAACGACUGAGAAUGACGAUUCUGCUGCUCCCUCUGCUGCACCUUGUGCUGUUGUGCCUCAGAAAAGCCAGGAGACUAAUGAACCCCCUACCAUUGCAGCACAAUCUGUGAAAAAACCUGAAACCACUCUGGCCACUCUGGGCCCCUAUGAACCAAAUACCCCAGUGGGUGUGGAGUUUGUGAAGAUGGGAUACUACUGCAGAGUCUGCUUCCUUUUUUACUCCAAUGAGGAAACGGCUAAGAAGGUUCACUGCAGCAGCCAGGCACACUACGACAAACUUAAGGUUUUGGUGAUUGACCAUGAGAGAGCUGAGUGUCAGUGUACGAGAAGAGAAACAAAAGAAAGUAAGCAAGAGACUUUGGCAUGCACAGAGAAUAGCCUGAGUUUUUUCAACACCAGUGCAAAUACCACUGCAUGUUUUUAAUUUUUGAAUGUCAGAAUUUUUAAAUGAGAAGUAUCUUCCAAAUGAGAGUAAAAAAGUAAUUGUAAUGAAUAAACACAGACACGCGAGUUUUAAAGGGCUUUUCAUGGAUAUUUUACCUUGUUACAUAAUGAUAAACAUGUGCCAACUGCACAUUUUGUUUCACUGUUUAAAAUACAAACAUUGACUUUUAAGUAGCCCUUUUUACUCAUCCAGUGCUGCUAUCGGUAGUUUACUUUUUCACACACUAUGCUUUGCUUAAACACAGACAAGCUUGUUAGACAUUCAAACAGUAUAUUCUUUACUUUGUAUGUUGAAAUUUGACUUUUACCAACUGCCUGCUGUCGAGUUGUUCUCUUUUUGUGCAGGUGCAUUAGGUAUGUGUGUGUCUGUCUUUAGAUGCAGUCUCUGCGGUGUGCUCAAGUGCCUCAGUUGGCCUUUCUCGUCUGCUUGGUGUGUCUGGGCCCUUAAGCUUUGUGAUGGGGGGCGGAAUUUGUAACAUUUCUAUUUCUGUCAUCAGCCUUUGCUAAAUAAAAGUAUCAGUGUUGACAAACUGACAGGCUUAUACAGCCUGACAAGUUUGUUUUACAUGAUGAACAUAUUGCUACUGUCAAAAGAAAACCUUAUCUCCAUUUUUGUCUUUUUUUCAGUUUUUGACAUAAUUUGAAAAUGCCUAUUGUCCUUUACA